GCAUCUUUGUCUUGGUAUUUUCUUCGCACUUCUUAGCUAAACUGUAGCAAAAUCGAGUGUUGCUUUUUAGCACAUGGUUAGUUAUGUGCAGUGAAUAUUCCUUGUUAGUGGAGUCUGUAACUAAUACUGCCAAGUGCCAACGUUAGAAAAUAAAAUAAAAUUAGGCGGAGGCGGAGGCGGAGACGGAGACGGCGGAGACGGAGUGAAACAUAGGAUUAGUUUUAAAAAUUAAAUUUAAUCUAAUAUAUAUUAAUAAUUAUAUAUACUCGGCAUUCCUCUCGUUCUCGGCAUCCAUUGAAGACAUGGCUUACCUCUUAGACGAGCAGCUGAUCGUCUUCUACAUCCUCACCCUCAAGUUCAAGGAAACCAUCGAGGCUAAUCUCCGCAUACCCCAGGCAAACCCGAUAGCCAGGCCUAUUCCCCUCGGCUUGUACAAGUACAAUUCCGCGAUCAAACCCCUUCUCAAGUCUCAGCCGCUGCCACUGCCGCCGCCGCCUCCUCCUCCGCCACCGCCGAUCAUCUCGAAAUUCCUGGAAAAGAUCAACCAGGCCCGACAAGACGAGGCUUCCUCCCACUGGGAGACCCAGUCCAUCUAUCGCAUCCCUAAAUGCCUCCGUGACGUUGAUCAGACAGCCUACACCCCUAAGAUCGUCUCCCUCGGCCCCUACCACCGCGGACGCCGCCGCUUUCGCACCAUGGAUGGCCACAAAUGGCGCUCCCUUUACCGCGUUCUUGACCGAACUGGCCACGACGUCCGCCUUUACCUCGACGCCGCCCGCUUCCUCGAAGACCGUGCCCGCUCCUGCUACGAGGCUCCCAUCUCCAUGUCCUCCGACGCCUUUGUUGAAUCGCUCGUCCUCGACUCCAUAUUCGCCCUCGAGCUCUUCCGCGGCGUUGCCCUCGAGGGCUUCCGAUGUCUCGGCUACUCCCCCGAUGACCCCGUCUUCGCCGUCCGGGGCAUCAUGCACUCUCUCCAGCGCGACAUGAUAAUGCUUGAGAAUCAGCUCCCUCUCUUCGUCCUAGACUGGAUCCUUGCCCUUCAGCUCGGCUACGAUCCUUCUCGCGCAUACCUCGUCGCUCCGCUCGCGCUCCGCUUCUUCAACCCUCUUAUGCCCACCGAGGAGCUCCUCUGUCCCACCCCGUCUUCUGAUACUCUCUACGAAGCUGGCAGCAGCGGCGGAGCCCUACAUUGCCUCGACGUCUUCCGCCGCAGCCUCCUUCCGCUCUCCACGCUAGCUUCCUGUCCACGGCCGAGCUUCCGUAGCGAGCAAUCCGCCCGGCCCGUUGAAUUCGCUUGCCCAAUGCUCUGCUCCGACGCUUGCUUGCCUCCAAUGGCCUACGAGCGGCAUCAGCAAUUCAUUCCAUGCGUUGCUAAUCUCCGCAACGCCGGUAUUAAAUUCCGGCGCCGGACAGGCGUACCGUUUUGGGACAUUGAGUUCAAGGACGGCGUCCUCUACAUCCCCCGCCUUCUUAUUCAGGACGGGAUCAAAUCACUCUUCCUUAAUCUCUUAGUGUUUGAGCAAUGUCAUUUGGAGUGCGGCAAUCAUAUUACUUCCUAUCUUUCCUUUAUGGACAACCUCCUAAACUCGGAGGUGGAUGUCAGGUACUUGCAUGACAAGAAAAUUAUCGAGCAUGAGCUCGGGAGCGAUAAGGAGGUGGUCGAUAUGUUCAGCCGGCUUUGCAAGAAGGUAGUGUUCGACAGUGAUGAUUGCUACUUGUCGGAGCUAUCGGUGCAGGUCAAUCGCUACUAUAGCAGUAAAUGGAAUACUUGGAGAGCCAAUUUUAACCAUAGUUAUUUUAGCAAUUCAUUGGCUUUCUUCUCUUUGAUGGUUGUUGUUGUCCUGCUUUUGCUGACUGCAGCAAAGACGUUCUAUGUUGUUUAUGCCUAUUACAAGUCAAAGUAGCUACUUUUGUAUCAUUCAAAUGAAUUUUCAUAAACUCGUAUCGACUCUUUUUCAUCGUAGA